UCAAUGGAGAAUUGUCUAAGAGAUAUUUAAAAAUAUUACGGGUUGUCACUUUUUUUACCUCUCAGUGUAUUAAAAUGUCCAGAUAUUUUUGUUGGCAACCCUUCCAAGUCAUUCUUUCCUUUUUACCAAGACCAAUUUAAAUUUCCCGACCUGAAAUAGCUUUUGCCUAUCACAUCAGACAAUAUUGCUCAAAUUGGCACAGAGCAGUUGUUAUUUCCACGAUUGUUUCGUUGAAGGAAACAAUACACAAUAAACAUGCGGGCAUUCCCUGAAUGCGAAAUGCCGAUUGGGCACAGCGACACCAAACGGACCUUGACGACCGGGGACGAUCAAGCGGAGAAAUUUCCAACAAAUAUUAGACGCUUUCAGCCGACAAAAACCGAAAAAAAGGUUGACGUGGACGUGCUAGAGAGGCAGAUACAGGAAAAAAACGAAAGAAAGAGGAAGGAGGAAAUUGAAAAGAAGAUGUACGAGCUUCGUAUGAAAAGUGACAUCGAUGAAGCCAACUAUCGAGAAUAUAUUGAAAAAAUGGAUAAAAGGAAACAACUGAUGGAGAUCAACUCAUUUAGAAACAUACACCAAAAAAAAGAACUGAGACGCGAGUAUGACUUGGAUAAUCCGAAUAAGACUUCAGAUGGACGUAUGCACUUGAGAAACGAUGAUAAACGAUGGGGAGUUCAAAUAUUUGAAGGUGAAGACGAUUUUCUAAAUCAAAGAAGAGCUUACCAGAAACUUCAGCAGAGGAACUGGCUAAUACAGCAAAUGGUUGAACAUGAGUUGGAGAAAAGUGAAUUGAAAAAAGCACAAUUGGCAUUUGAACAGCACAUGAAGGACCGAGACAAUGUAGCCGUAGCACUACAAGAAAUGGAACAAUGUUGUAAAAGGAAACUAGAUCAAGCAACUGCCGAAUACAAUAAAGCACUGGCUACAAGAAAAUUGGCAGAAAGAUACGACGAAAUGACAAAAACACUUCAAGACAACGAAAUUGAUAUUUUCAACGCGGUAAGCAGUGAUUUACUCACUGAAAACGCAGAAUUGGCACGAAGCGCUUUGGGCCCAAACCGAUACAAUACGAUGAUGUUUAAAGGAAUGUCACAAAAGCAGAUUGCAGAAAUUAAACACAUACAAUUGCAGCAAAUCGCUGAAGCUAAGGCCAGGAAAGAACGAGAAGCUUUGGAAGAACAGUACUGGCAAAGGUACAACGAUCAAACGAAUAAAAUUGUCGGACGGAUAGAUCAAGAGACUAACAAUGCAAUGAAAACAUUACACAGGAACUUAACUUUUCAAAACAAACGGCUCGAAGAAGAACAGAAACUACAGAAAAAAUACUUGGAUAAAAUUGUCUUUUCAAAUGAAGCUACUUCAGAAUUUUUCGAACAGUUCAACAAAUCUUCAAGAUAAUUGGUUUGAAAUUGUAGUUAACAGCAUAUUUUUUGGGGUCACUCAUCUAAAACUCAGCUUUCACAAAAAUUCAUUUACUUGCAGAAUACCAACAGUUGUG